UUCUCAUCUGCAGCCCUACCCACCCCUUCACCGAGAACUUGCUUUUUUCGCUACUUUGUUGAGCGGUGUUGAAUGAGGACCAAAUUGCACUGUGUAACAUCAAUUAAGGAAUAAAAGACAGACGCGUCUGGAAAAGUCACCCGAGCAAACAUCUUUCAACCAUCGGUCCUACACCACUUCUGGCCUUUAAAUUAACUACUACGCCACUGUGUAAAAAUGACAGCAAAGCACCGAGGGAAGAAGAACAAACACAAUCACGAAGAUUUUAACAAUUUUAAUCAUGAAUCUUCGGAACCGGAGGCGCGAGGUGGAAACCAGUAUGCACUUUUGUUCAUUUUAUUCCUUCUGAUUGUGGUCGGAGGUGCAACGGCGACAUGGUUCUGUUUCCAGCAACACCAAAGUAUAACCUACUUAGCAGACAACCUCAUGGGCAUGCAGAUGAAGAUAGUGAAGCUUCAGUCCUUCCAGGAAGAAAUUCUACAGACAAAUGAAAAGCAGCUCAGUACCGACGGCUUCGAGCAUCGCCUCAACACCCUGGAAGAGUCAUACGCACUGGCCCAGAAGCAGGUAGGCAUGGCCCUGGCCAUGGCUGAACAACUGAAGACCUCAGACCUGCCCACCCAAGUCCUCUCUCUACACACAGAGAUGACGGCCCGGCUGGCAGAGAUGCAGCUGGGCACAGUGUCCGCUGAUCAGCUGACCCAGCUGCAGGCAAUGCUGAAAGGGAAGAGCGAGGAGUUUGAGGCUGUCCGGCUGCAGGUGGAGGGCCUGGAAGGGUUGAGCACAGAGCUGGCCCAGAACGUGGAGGGCCUGACAGGGAGCCUGGCAGAGGCUGAGUCCAAGCUGGAGGAGAGGGCAGGGCUGGUGGGCACACUGAGCGCCACAUUGGAGGGCCAGGCAUCAGAGCUCCUGGGGCUGAAGGAACAUCUCGCUGCCAACCAGGCUCAACUAGAGGCCAGUACAGCGGAGAUUGCAAGUGUCAAGGAGCUGAUGGAGACGGGGCAGUUUCAGAGGGCCCAGCAGGCCAGUGUGGAGGAGAAGCUGGUGACUGUAGAACAGAGUCUGCAGGAGCAGAACUCAGCGGCCCACAGUCUGCACUCUGAGGUCCGCGCUCAGCUGGAGGCCGCGCAGAAACAGGUCGCCCAGGUACAUCAGGACCAGUCACAGCUGGAAGGAGGGGUUCAAGCAGAUGAGCCCUCAGAGGAGGUGGAGGAGACUGUUCCGGCUGCUGCUGAGGAGGUGGAAGAGGCUGCUCCUACAGAAGAGGAGCAGGCUGCUGAGGAGGUGGUGGUGGAGGAGGAGGAGGCAGCUCACUUAGAUGGGGAGCCUGUUGAACAGGAGGACUCUGCUGUCCCAGAGGAACAGACUGCUCCUGCAGAGAAGGAGGAGGAGGAGAUGGUGGAAGAGCAGGAGGACUUGGCAGAGGCAGCACCGGAGGAGGUGCGGGCAGAAGAGAAUGUAGAAGAGCAGGCCGAAGAGGAGGAUUCUGAAGCGGAGGAGAAGCAGGCCGUGGAGGAAGAAGGGGAACAACCAGAAGAAGAUGGGGCCUCUCCUGAGGAGGAAUUGUGAAUGUAAGCAGCAAGGAAAAUCUUCUACAACCACCAAACUCACAGAGGAUAAUCAACACGUUCAGUCUGCAUCAUGACAAAUGGGAAGGCAUUGCCGAUGUUGAGGUGCAAUAAACAUUUACUUUUUCUUUCCAAGGGGAAAAAUCAGGUCGAUAGGAUUUACACAACUCUCUAGAAUCAGUAUUGUUACAUCAAUUAAUGUGUGUAUGAGAGGGCUAACUGGUCAGGCGAUGGUUAAUAAUAUUCAGGACUCACCUGUCAAUAUCAACCUCAAAGCCUUAAUCUAUUUUAACAACACAUCUCUUUCUAUAGAUUAUUUUACAUACACCAAUGUCACACUUUUUCUGCAAGCUCAGUUGAAACCGUCUGCGUUCAAAGUGACAAGGAGAACUAACUAAAAAGCCAAUAGAAAAACAGUAAUUCACUCUCACAGUCACACACAAUCAAACAAAGCCAUAAAAACAUACCCAUCUUGUUGAUAUGAACAUGGCUUUCCUUUUGUCAUUGUCUGAAAUGUCUUGUUGGGAUUUUCACUGGAAUAAGGGAUACGGAACAAGAGUUGGUGAACGACAGUUACUGUAUCCUAUUUGUUUACACAGGAAUAAACAGCCUACUAAAGGAAUAGCAUGGGGGUAGCAAGGGCCAUAUCUAUGAAAUGCUAACAUUUUCAUGCAGUUUUACUAAAGAUUGUUAGUCUAGUUGUUUUUUUACUGACAGUUUUCUUUUGACUUUUGUCUGUACACAAUGUGCACUGUUACUGCCCAGGCAUUGGGUAAUUAUGUCUCUCACAACGUACCACUCAUCUCAGAUCUCUGAUGUAUCUUUUAUAAAAUAAACCCUGGUUUAUCCUCCGUAAAUUUUUUUAUACUGA